GAGUGUGUAGGUGGAGCCUGUGAAUAAAAAGGAACCAGAAGUUGAAAAGAAGUUCCUGCUUCUCCUUGCUACAGGACACUACACAGGUCUAGGUGGAGAGCAGCAGGGUAGCCCUAGACAUCCACGUGUGCCGAUUUACUCCACUGCUUACUGCAAAAGCUGUACAGAAGAGUGGUGAGGCCAGACAGUAAUCACUACUUAGUGAAGCAAUUAUGGACAACCUACACAGUAGCCCAAAAAAUCAGAAGGCCAUGGGUAAUAAGGGUGUAGCAGUCAAACAACCUUCUCAAAAAAACAAAUCCAUCCUGAAGAAAGAUCAUGCAUCACCUUUCUCACAACCAUCUUCAGAAGCUUUUGCAGUACCUCUCCCACCAGACUUUGAAGAUGAAGAUCUUUCGGAGAACAUGAUUGAGAGAAAGCCUAACUAUGAGGAGGAGGAGUGGAAGGAACAGGAUUAUGGAGAACAGGACAAGCAGGCAACGGAACAUACCUUGCACAACCAAUAUGAGAAAAGGAUCCGACCCUGCAUUGAUCUCAUUGACAGCCUAAGAGCUCUCGGAGUAGAAAAAGAGCUGGCUUUGCCCGCGAUCGCAGUGAUCGGAGACCAGAGCUCUGGGAAAAGCUCUGUCCUAGAAGCCCUGUCUGGUAUUGCUCUUCCUAGGGGCAAUGGUAUUGUUACUCGAUGUCCUCUGGAACUUAAACUGAAAAGAAUACCUGCCACCCAGGCGUGGAAAGGGAAAAUUUGUUAUCGCAACAUCAUCAGCGAGCUCCAGAAUGCCUCUGAGGUGGAGAAAGCAAUAAGAGAAGCCCAGGAUGUUGUGGCGGGUACUAGAGGUGCCAUCAGUGGAGAAUUAAUUUCCCUAGAAAUUCAGUCUCCGGGUGUUCCAGAUCUGACGCUAAUUGAUCUUCCUGGAAUUGCCAGAGUGGCUGUGGGGGAUCAGCCAAAAGAUAUUGGGGAACAGAUCAAAAUGCUACUGAAAAGAAUUAUUGGCUGCAAAGAGACACUCAAUUUGGUAGUGGUGCCAUGUAAUGUGGAUAUCGCAACAACAGAAGCACUGAAAAUGGCCCAAGAGGUGGACCCCAGUGGAGAAAGGACACUAGGCAUCCUUACAAAACCGGACCUGGUUGACAAAGGGACUGAAGAGUCUAUCAUCAACAUAAUACAAAACAAGGUCAUCCCCCUCAAAAAAGGUUACAUGAUUGUGAAGUGUCGUGGGCAGCAGGAUAUCCAUAACAAACUGGCCUUGGCCACUGCAAUCCAGCAGGAGAGAAUAUUCUUCAAGACUCACAAAUAUUUCAGCAUCCUUUUGGAUGAAGGAAGGGCUACUAUCCCUCAUCUGGCAGAGAAGCUCACAAAUGAACUUGUGCGACAUAUUAUUAAAACUUUGCCAACACUAGAGAACCAAAUACGUGAGGUGCUCCAAAAGACGCUGCAGGAUCUACAAAAGUACAGAAGAGGCACACCAAAAACAGAGUCUGAGAAGCUGAUUUUCCUUACAGAUUUGAUCAAACUCUUUAAUCAAGACAUCUCUCAGACAAUGCGUGGAGAGGAACAGUUGUUUGGAAAUGAAAUCAGACUGUUUACAAAAAUCCGCAAAGAGUUUCGAACAUGGGAAAUUAUUCUCCUAGAGCAUGCUGCAAAGGUUAAAGAAAGUGUACCCAUGAAAGUGUGGAAAUAUGAAGACCAGUAUCGUGGACGCGAGUUCCCAGGCUUUACCAAUUAUGGGACGUUUGAGGAUAUUAUAAAAGAGCAAAUCAUAGGCCUGGAGGAGCUGGCUGUUGGGAUACUGAACAGCGUGAUCGGACUGGUUGAAGAGAAAUUUAUGGAACUCACUAAAAGGCAUUUUGAAAAUUUUCAAAACCUAAACAGAGCUAUUAAGACCAGAAUUGAAGACAUUAGAGAGAAACAAGCAGCGGAGGCUGAAAGACAUAUCUGCACCCAGUUUAAAAUGGAGAGAAUUGUAUACAGCCAGGAUGACCUUUACAUUAGUGAUUUAAAAUCUGUUGAGGCAGAAGACAUUCCCAAAGCUGGCAACAGGAAAGAGCUGCAGAUUGGAUCUGUUCUGAAUCAACAGCCCUCCUUGGUGCAGGAAAUGGUUUCUCGCACGAAGGCCUAUUUCAGUGGAGCAAGUAAACGCCUCUCCAAUCAGAUACCUCUGAUCAUACUGUCUUUUGCCCUUCACGACUUUGGGGAAAACUUACAGACCACAAUGUUGCAUCUUUUGCAAGAAAAAGACAAGUUAAGCCAUCUCCUUCAGGAGGACAGUGAAGCUGCUAAACAUAGGAGCUACCUCAGUGAACGAGUUAAUCGUCUCACCAAAGCCUGCCAGUACCUGAGAGACUUCUCAUUGUAGGUUUCAUUUUUCACAAGUAUUUUCCUACUCUUGUUCUCCAGCAUUAUUGAAAAACUUUGUAAAAUUCCCUAAAAAUGUAAUGUCAGGACAGAUGUUUAACACUGAUUUCGAGAGCUCAGUUCUGCUUUAUUUUCCAUAAUCAGUCAUAUGCAAAUGCCUACCCCUAUGUAAAAUGCUCCAUUGAGGGAGUUGUGAUUAAAAAAAGUUAUCUCAUUUUUAAAAAUAUGCAUUAUGAACUCUGCACAAUCAUUGAAAUUAUUAAAAAGCUAGAGCUCUGAAGGUUGCAUUUUGUUGUGGGGUUUUUUAAUGAGAAUGAGAGCUUUCAGGUGUAGCAAACAUUGUUUGACUAAUUUUCCUAAAUAAAGCUUACUGCACAACCCUA